UACAGAGCCAGGGCUAAGUUACCCGGAUCUUGGAGAAUAGGUCAGAUCGCAAAACAACUCCGAGAAAAGGAAGGCAAAUUAUGGGAAACGAAACCUCCCUUCCUUUGGAGCUGUGCUCCACAUUUGAUGCAGAUGAAAUCAAAAGGCUUGGGAAGCGUUUUAAAAAACUGGACUUGGACAACUCUGGUUCUUUAAGCGUUGAUGAAUUUAUGUCCUUACCAGAGCUUCAACAAAACCCACUUGUACAGAGAGUCAUAGAUAUAUUUGAUGAAGACGGAAAUGGGGAAGUUGACUUCAAAGAAUUCAUCCAAGGUGUUUCACAAUUUAGCGUAAAAGGGGACAAAGAAUCUAAACUUAAGUUUGCAUUUAAAAUCUAUGAUAUGGACAAAGAUGGUUUUAUUUCAAAUGGAGAAUUGUUCCAAGUGUUAAAAAUGAUGGUGGGCAACAACCUAAAAGACACACAGUUACAGCAGAUAGUGGACAAAACUAUUAUCUUAGCUGAUCAGGAUGGAGAUGGCAAAAUUUCCUUUGAUGAAUUCUCUGCAAUUGUAGGAGGCAUGGAUGUACAUAAAAAGAUGGUUGUGGACGUAUAGCAAAAUAGACAACAUCUCUAACAGUAGGGCUCCUUUAGGAUGAAAUAUGUC